AUGACUAAGAAAUCCUGGCUUGACAGCGUCAAGAACCGAGUUCGGUCCCGUUCAUCUGCGCCUGGGCAGAAUGCUCCUGUGGGGUCCUUCACAGGUGUACCGCAAGUCACAGAGCCCUCCGUCAAUGCAACCCAAGCUAUAGAGCCACUGGCCAAUGCACUGAAAUCUGAAGGGAUUCGCUCCAUUUCAGCCCUAUCUGAUCCCUAUGGCAUAGCUCGCGAGAAAUACGGCCUGUUUCGUCUCGCAGCCCCAACUGCCAGCAGUCUCUCUGAGGAUUCGAGCCUAGACACUAAUCAUAUAGACAUAGUUGCGGUCCAUGGGCUAAAUGGGACUGCCGACAAAACCUGGACUGAUGAAGACAACAACUUCUUUUGGCUCGAGGAUCUAGUAAAUGAUUUCCCUGGUGCGCGGGUUUUUACGUAUGGAUACGCCUCCGAGGUAAAAUUCACGCUCGGCACGGGAGAUAUCGAGGCAUUCGCGAGGAGUUUAUUGGAAGCUUUGAAAGCGGAGAGAGUGAGCAAGAAGGACCAGGCUCGCCGGAUUAUAUUUAUCUGCCAUAGUAUGGGCGGAAUUGUGGUUAAAAAAGCACUCAUUAUUGCUAAAAAUGAGGAUUUGUUGUAUGAUAAUACAAGGAAAUCAGUGGUGGGAAUCGCGUUCCUCUCCACGCCGCACCGUGGCUCUUCGCAAACUGAACUCCCAUUGGUUUUGGCAAACAUAGCUAAUGUAGUAUUGUCGGGGGUGGGAAGAUACGUCGGAUCCAUGAGGUCGGAUCUCAUAAAGUCUCUCGAGAAGGACUCCAUGGGCCUGAAAGACAUUUCUACGAAUUUUAGAGACCAAACGGAGAAUAUGAAGAUAGCAUCUUUUUAUGAGCUAAAGACGACGCCGCCCGUAAACAAGCUAAUUGUUGAUAAAAUCUCUGGGAUUAUGGAUGUCGCUAGAGAGAGGAUUAUACCCAUGCCUGGCUGUGAUCACAGGACUAUAUGCCGAUUCCCUAGGAGAGAUAGUAAUGGUUACAAAACCGUUUUGGGAGUUCUCCGGGAGUGGGUUAGUGUUAUUAAUGAAGCCGAAAAUGUGCCGAUUUCGUCAGAAGAUCUCGCUUGCCUCCGAUCACUGUCCUUCCAGGAAAUCAACUACCGUCGACAAGAAGCAGACCAGGCCUACCAAAAUACAUGUGCAUGGAUUCUUAAACAUCCGGUUUAUGCAGAAUGGUUGGACAAAAAGUGUGAACUUCUCUGGAUACAAGGCAGUCCCGGUUCAGGAAAGUCAACCUUGGUGUCGUUUAUUUACGAGGAAUUCCAGAAAAACAUAUCCCUGAGUAGAGAAGUGGUUCUUGAUUACUUCUUCCACAGCCGGGGAUCCAUAUUACAAAAAACGCGUGUCGGCAUGUUUCGCACUCUGUUGCAUCAACUCUAUGACCAAGUUCAUUUUAUUCGACCGAAAAUACAAAUGAUCUUUAAAGAGAAGGACAGAUUCGGCAAUGCUGGGGCUGGGUGGGAGUGGCAUCCUAAAGAAUGUGAACGCCUCUUCUCCGAGGUCAUUGUUUCUGCUGCUCAAUUAAAGAACAUUACUUUGUUUGUCGAUGCAUUAGACGAGGCUGGCUCCGAUGGAAUUGAGCUUGCAUCAUACUUUCACGAAUUAAAUGCGAAACUGAGGGCCGGACAUUGCAACGCAAGAAUCUGCAUUUCGUGUCGGAAAUACCCAGUUAUAGCACCUAAUGUCAGCUUAAAAGUCUAUGUUGAGAAAGAAAACGGCGGAGAUAUCCAGACAUACGUGGAGCAAAAGUUUGGCUCCGAGAUUCAAAGUCACGGCAUGGCGAUGUCAGCGCAGGGAGAGUUCAAGAAACUUCAAAUGGUUGUUGUGGAGCGGUCCCAAAAUACGUUCCAAUGGGCAAGCCUUGUUGUUCCGCUCAUAAUUAAACUUCGCCGAGACGGACAAUCUUUGGCUUAUAUUAUGAAGGAACUCGAUAAAGUGCCUCGAGGGUUACAUGAAGUUUAUGAGCAUAUUCUCACAAAGGCCAUAGAGUUCCAAUAUCGGCCGAAAACUUUGCUUCUAAUGCAAUGGGUCUGCCUAGCAAAGACCCCUCUCACUGUCGGAGAUAUACGGUUUGCUAUGGCAGCAGGCUUUUGUAUCGAUGAGCGACAGGAAUCCUCUAGCAAUUUGAAAGACUUCGUGGAGAGUGACGAGGACGUGGAUACAUUGAUCACCAGCAUGUCCGGUGGCUUGGUGGAGACCAUACAUCGUAAGCACGAUAAAUAUACAGAUACAGUAUCAUUUUCUCCUACAUCCGACAUCUAUAGUUCUAGAGUACAGUUCAUUCAUCAAUCCGUCAAUGAUUUCCUCUUGUCGGACGGACUAAGACUCCUCGCCCAACUUCCAAGUCCCACAUCUUGGAGAGAAAACGAGCUCACAUCGUCGGCAGAUAGCAUCAUCGGCGAAAGUCAUGAUCGCCUAUGCAAGUUGUGUAUCAAUUACAUUAAAUUUGGAAAGGUUUUCCAUGCAUACGAGGCUGUCUACUACAAAGGUAAGCCGUUUCCGCCAUUCAAAGAGUACGCCCGAACGUACUGGAUCUUCCACGCAGAAAGAGCCGAUAGCUAUGAGGUUUCGCAGCAACACCUUAUUCAACGCCUAGGACUUCGUCCAUAUCCAGUGUUCUUCGAUCGUAUGAUUUCCAAUGUAAUGACACAGGUAUAUCCACUCAACUACCCGGCCAUGUCUCUAUUACAUAUUGCGUCUCUAGCAAAUCUUGCAAGUGUUGUUGCCCAAAUCCUUGAAACCGAUCCGUGUAUGGUAAAUGAUCUAGAUCACUUAGGCAGUAAGCCAGUGCAAUACGCCGCCAGCUCCGGCCAUUGCAAGUUGGUCGAGGUUCUUCUAAAUGCUGAAGAUCUCGUUGGGGCUAAUUCUAAGGAUACCGCCGGGGAUAUUUUUAUGCACGCAGCAAUGCAAGGGAACGAACAAGUCGUAAAACUACUAUUGGGUCGUGGCGUAGAUCUCCAUAAUGACACGCGAAUGGCUGGCGAUGCACUUAUAGCAGCCGUGUGGCUCACGAGUCAAGAGGUUUUUACAACAUUACCUUGGGGUGAAUCCAAGAGAGUAUCGACCAUGGGGGAUGUAUCUCUUAUCAAACUGUUGCUCGGUCAUGGGGCUAACGCAAACGCACGGGGUACUGGUAAUCACACAGCCAUUGAGGAGGCUAUCGCAUCGACCAUUGCGCACACUAGGGCUGUUGAGCUGUUGCUGGAGAGUGGUGCAAAUGCGAAUAGUAACCUAUCUUUUGCGUCACCACGACGAAAACAACUCAUGGAAUGGCUCUCCAGUCCCCAAGUGUUGUUAUCCGACAAUAACUCAUUAGACAAGCAUCCGGAACCAGAUGGUACAGUACUACAACAUGCUGCAGCGUUAAAAGAUAAAAAUAACGCAACAAUGGUUACAAAAUUGCUACUGGAGAAAGGGGCACAAGUCAACGGAGAAGGCAGCUAUGGUACGGCUCUACAGAUAGCCUCAGCGAGAGGAAAUUUAUCUGUCGUGAAGUUGCUACUCGAAAAGGGUGCAAAAGUUGAUGGCUUGUGGAUAGCCUCGACGCAAUGCAAUGCUGUGGUCGUGGAGCUGCUUAUCGAGCGCGGGGCUAAUAAUACCGAGUUUGGGGAAACUAUAGUUGAAGUACUAAGGCGGCUGCAACUAUUGAAGUCGUACUUGUACGACUCUGACACUGACUUACAUUCGUUGGCGGGUUCUCUCGACACAGCAUCCCCCAACGACAACGACAACGGCAAUGAUGUCAACGAUGAUGACAACAGCAACGCUAAGGCCAAUGAGGACGUCUGA